ACCCUUCAAGGACGAAAAUUUCGAUUACGUAGCUCAAAAUGGGAGUGACGUGUUUAGUCAAGGUGUCAUCCGUGUGUCACCCUCUGAAUGCGUUCUGCCUGCAGCCUACAUGGAAAUCGCCCUAAAGAUAAAGAAUUUCAAAGUCUAUGAAGACGAUGUUUGGGUUGUGUCUUUCCCAAAGUGUGGCUCUUCAUUGACACGAGAGAUGGUGUGGUUGCUAAUGAAGGACUUGGAUUUUCAGACAGCGAGGAACGUGGACCUGGUCGAUAGGUUCCCGUGUCUGGAAUUCAACAGUAUCCUUCUGAGAAUCCCGGAAGUGAGUUAUGCAGUGGACCUCUGCGACAGAAUGGAGCGCCCACGUUUCAUCAUGAGUCACCUACCAGUGGAACUGUUGCCAGACGGCCUGUGGACCGUGAAGCCAAAGGUUAUCUACGUUAGUAGAAAUCCUAAGGAUACUGCAGUAUCUUUGUACAAUCAUUACAAACUAACGUCACAUUACAGUGGUACUAUGGAAGGAUUUAUGAAUGCAUUUUUAGGAAACGUAAUUUUCUACACUCCAUACUGGAACCAUGUGUUGGGAUUCUGGAAAAAGACGGGAGAACCGCACCUACUUUUCAACACAGUAGAAGAAAUGAAGCAGUGUCUUCAGGCCAUCAUCAAAAGAACUGCAGACUUCCUAGGCAAGAGGCUGACUGACCAAGAAGUGAACAUGCUGACGGAACAUUUGGAGACGUUUCAGUCACUGAGGCGGUUCACUGGGCUCCGGAUAGCUGCCAGCAGGGAGGACCCUUUGGGCAUAGGAAACGACGACGUUGACGGUCGGCUGACCCCGGAAUUGUUAGCGCGUUUCGACAGAUGGAAUGAAGAGUCCCUUCAGGGUACAGGGUACACCGGGCCUGUGUAAUGUUUGACAGUAGAAUUACGGAUCGUCAAACGCCGCUUCUGUUGUUCAUAUGAGAAAU